ACCAUAGUGCAUUGCGCAUAAAUGGCCGCCAUGUUGCUGCCGUCUGAAAGAUGUUCUCAACUUUGUGUGUUUACUAAUGGAUUUUAUGGACUUGUUUAGCCAAAUUACCGUGUUUGUGAAAUUGUGAGUGUACAAUGAUUUUAUAUAUCGUAUAUAGAUGUGAUUAAAAAGACUGUCAAAUGUCUUUGAAGCCAAUAAACAGUGAAAUUUUCUUUAGAUAGUCAUUCUAUUCGGACGGCAUAAUGGCUGACAAUCUUGUUCAAAAGUCACAUAAAAAUAGUGAGAAAAACAAGUAUAACAACGUCGUUCACCGCACUACAAGUGAAUCUCUUCGACUGAACGAGUCGGAGAAGGGAGUGACUCACCCAACAAGUCUCCAAGCCGCCCAUAACCCAAGGAAAAUAUCUUCGUUUCAGAUCACCAGUGUGAGUGUGACAGUCGGCUCUCGGGUGAGCACGGAUGCGGGAGAGGACUCCGCAGACGAUCUAGACGAAUCUCACACCGACGACAUCUCACGGGUUACCGACAUAGAGAAUGAAACUCCGAGUUACUCUGAAGACACCUUCUCUAAAGACGAUGUGUUCUACAACGCGUCGAGUACGUCGCUAGGCUGCGCCCCCGUGAUCCCCACGAGCUCGCAGUACGGGCUCGCCAUCGUGGGCCAGGACAACCCACCCAACCAAAUAGGAGGAGCAGUGCCAAAUAGUAAUAGUACAGAAGUGAAUGACAUGCAUGUUAGUGUUACCAAUGCUGGAAGUGGCAGCAUCAUAAACAUUAUAGGGAAUGCCAAACCGCAGGAAGGCAUGAAAGAGAUACAAGAACAUGUCAGGAAUGAACGUUUCAAAGUUGUGAAAAUAGAAAGUACUGAGCCAUUCCGAAGGGGCCGAUGGAUGUGUAUGGACUAUUUGGAUCACACGACUACGCAGCAGAGUGCACCUAUUACCUUGAACAAUAACUUGGAUGGGACUGAAACUAACGCUAUUCAGGCUCCAGACAGUGGUGUAGUGAUUACGGAUUGUCAACAUGAUGAUGUGCCUAAUGAUCUGAAUAACAAAGGGCCUAAAGACAUCCAAGGUAACCCCACAGUGCAACACAUAGAACAAAAUGUGCAAAAACAAUUUCCUAUGGCUUCCCCGGGCCAGUCGCUGACUCAGCCGUUGAAUGUUGUUCAGCUACAGCAGCAACAGAUUCCAGUCAAUCAGCCUGUGAAUGUUCAAUCUCCUCCACUAGAAAUGCCUCAGCAAAUGCAAGGUCAGAGCCUGCAGGCAAACCAGCAGGUGACUCAGCAGCACCCUCAGAGUAUGACUCACAUCACAAUGCAGAAUGCACCUCAAAAUCACCCUCAACAACCUCAGCAGCAGCAGCAGCAAGUGCAGCAAAUACCGCAGAGCUUUCCUCAACACCAGCUACAGCAGGUCAUUGCCCAAUCUCAAGGGAUGGCCAUGCAGCAGAUACCUAUGCACCAGCAGAUGACACAGCAGAUGCAGCAGAUACCUAAUCAGCAAAUGCAACAAAUGGGCCAACACAUGCCCCAGACUCAGAUGGCCAACAUGCAGCAGAUGCAACAACAGAUGCCACAAAUGCAGGGAAUGACAAAUCAAGGUCAAAUGUCACAGGUUCCCAAUCAACAACCGCAGCUGCAACAAAUGCAAAUACAGCAGAUGCAAGGACAACCUAACCCUCAACAAAUGCAUCCCAUGCAGCAGACUCAAAUGGGGAACAUGGGGCAGGGUCAUCACAUGCAAGGGCAGCAGGCUAUGGGGCCACAACAGCCCCAGUUGCAGCAUAUGCCAAGUCAAGCGCAGAUUCAAGCUCUACAGAAUCAGCAAAUACCAAAUCACAUACAGCAAAUGCAAAUACCAACUCAGAUGGCUGGCACUAAUCAACAAAUACAGCAAAUCCAACCCCAAAUGCAUCAGCUUCCCUCACAACCGCAACAGUCAGUUGUGCCUGGAAUGCAUCAAAUGCAACAACAGGGUAUGUCUGGAGUACAGCCGCAAUACAAUCAAGCUGUCAGCCAACAGUCUAAUAACCAAUCAAUGAUCAAUGCAUCCAUGCCACCAUCACAGCAAAUGGUUCAGCCACAACACAAUGUUCCUCAGUAUCACACUCAGCAGUCUCAGAUGAGCCAGCAAGGACAGACCUUGCCUCAAGAGGUGCUCUCAAGCAUUGCUAAUUCUCAGCAAGGGCAGACAUUACCUUCUAAUAUACAAACAAUGACAUCUCAACCCCAAGGGUCAACACUUCCUGCGAAUCUCCAAAGCUUAUCCAAUCAGCAGCAAGCUCCAGUGCAUCCCAUGUCGUCGCAGCAAGGCAACGUUCCUCAGGGCAACAUGCAAAUGAUGAACACUGCUCCUCAGAACAUGCAGAUGACUCUAGACGGGAAUCAGCCGAGUAUGCAGAUACCCGCCUCAGAUCCAAUAUACAUGCAACAGCCAAACGUGGGCCAACAGAUGCCUGUGCAGCAGCACAUGACUCAACAGAACAUGAUGCCCCAACAAGUGGGUGGUGGUCAGGGCCAGAUGUAUGUGCCUAAUCAACCUGUGCCUCAAGUGUCCAUGACACACCAAAUGUCGAUGCAGCAGAAUAUGCCAGUGGGUAUGGGCGGCGGAGUUCAUCCAAACGUAGUGCAGUCACAAACAAGCAUGGGAAUGGGCUAUGGUGGUGUAGUGCCAGUGAUGUCAGUGUCUCAGAGUAGUGUGGCUCCAGUGGAGGCGACAGUUUCGGGGACUAACUCUCCGGUUGUUUCACUGCCUGUCAGUUCUACAGCGUAUGUAGGCAACACAGGCCAGCCGGGCCAUGACAGCCAAGGCUUUGGCAGUCCAGUGAGUGCAGUGAUGUCUCAUGCCGUCAGCGGCACAGUGAUGAGCAAUGCUAGUGUGUGUGACAAUGGUGCCCAGGAUGUGCCCCCGAGUGAUGCCCUGCAGGCCGCCGACAUUGGAGAUGGCAAGGACGAGACGCAGCCUCCCCAAACUGAGGAUGAAAGCAUAUCCGGGCUGGCGCUGGCGCUGGGCGGCAGCGGCGCGGGCAGCCCGGCGGCCGGCGAGCAGCGCGACACCGCCGCCUCGUCCCGCGCGCCCUCCCCGCCGCCCUCGGACAGACAACCCCACUCCAGCGCAUCGGGCACAAGCGCGGUGGCUAUUGAUAACAAGAUCGAGCAAGCCAUGGAUCUGGUGAAGAGCCACCUGAUGUUCGCGGUGCGCGAGGAGGUGGAGGUGCUGAAGGAGCGCAUCGCCGAGCUGAUGGAGCGCAUCAACCAGCUGGAGGUGGAGAACACGUACCUGCGCGCGCACGCCAGCCAGGACACGCUGGCCGCCAUGCCGGGCGCGGGCGCCAAGCCGCCGCCGGCGCCGCAGGGCCCGCCGCCGCCCGUGUCGUAGGCCGCCGCCCGCCGGCGCGCCCGGCCCCACCCCGCCCGGCCCAGAGCCGCGCACUCACUAUGGCUGUGCUAUGUUAAUGCGUAGGUUAACGCGAUGGAGUCGACUGUGAGUGCACCCCUCCGCGUGAGGACGCCGCCCGCGCACGCCGCGCGCGCUCGCCCCACGGUCUGCCUUCAUAUAACACAAUAUCAUGCUUGGAUUUAAACAAUAUAUAUUUUCUGUUAAACUCUAGUGCAGAGUACUAACUGCCGAGCUUGAGCUACGCACCUCGGCGACGAGGCCGGCUGCGAUGUACGCGAGUAUGUUAUUAUUGAUUAGGUAUCGUUAUCCACGUAAUGUAUUCCAUUUAAGAUAUCGCUGUUAAGACGUUUUAAUGUAAACAAGUUUGAACAAUGACUGUGUGUUAAUUUAUUUUAUAUUUUGUCGUCGCUAAGUUAUUUAUCAGAUUUUUACUGCGUUAAAUUGUGAUGUGUUCUUCCAUAUUAGUCGCCCCACACGCGGCGCGAGAGCAAGCUGUGUAGCUCCGAGUGUGUGCGGGAGAGACGGUUCGUUUAGUCAUUAUUAGUGAAUACAAAUACAAUACAACAUAUUAUAGUAAAUAAAUGUUAUGUAAAGAAUGUAUCUUCAACUAUAGAUGUAAAUAGACGAUAGAGUAGAAUCGUUGCGAAAGUGGCUGUCGUGCGAUCGCUGGCUUAGUCAAUUUUGCACGCCGAAUGUAUAAAGAAAAUACUAUUUUUAUUCCAAUCCUAUGUAACGAUAAUAGAGAUUAUAGCAAUUUAACGUGUAUUUUUUUAUUCAUAUUUUUUUUUUGUAUAUAGUACAAGUUGUAAUAGAAUUAUGCCUAUGAGACUUUGAGUGCGAUACUGUACAUAGAAGAAACGAGUUGUGAUGAACAGGAGGAGGCCCGGCCUCGGGAGCUGAUGCGAUCUACCGAGAGAGGUUUAUCUUAAAUGUAUAAGUUAAAUAUUCACCGUAUUUAAAAAGUAAAAAAAUAGCUUCAUUGUAUCUUUAUCCAUCAAGAGCUGGUGACUGUUGAGUGUAUGAAACCGUUGGUUUGUGUGUCUGAGGUAUGAAAGUAGCGAUCUCCUAAAGUGCUUUAUAAAUGGGAGAUCUUCAAAUAGCGAGCAAGGAACAGUCCCAGGUUUCCGGUUAUUCUGCCGAGAAACGGCAUUUUGUACAACGCUCCGUAUGUAUGUGUAUAGAUGAAUUUAGCCUCUCAUAAUUAUUAUUGUGAAUACAGUAAUCUAUUCUUACGCAUUACCCUAGAUAUGGAUACAUACUAUGUAAUACUGAAAAUUUGUAAAUAUAUUGUAAACAGAAUGUCCAUUGUAGCUUAUGUUGACCAGAAUGGUUCCUCAUACCCAAUAAAUGCAAAACUACUCAA